AUGGCAAAAAGAGUAAACUAUCUUUUUUUUUUUGGGAUUUUAACUUUUUUUAUAGCUAAUACUUAUGUGAAAGGAAAAGUAUUUCAAGGAACUUUUAACAUAAAAAAAAAUGAAAAAAUUCAUUAUUUAACAAAAUUCAGUUGUAAUAUAGGAACUUGCCAAUUCAAAAUUAAAAUGAGACUUAAAGAUAAUAUAUAUGAAAAAUUAACCCAUAAUUAUUAUAAACUUAGUAGUGAAUUACUAAAUGAUAAAGAGGACAACACAAAUAAUAAUUUAUUUAAUAUGAAUUAUGAUAAUGCAUACUAUGUAUUAACCAGUAAUAAAUUAGAGUUUAUUCCUCAAAGAAUAACAUUAAUAUUGGAUAAUGAACAAAGAUAUAUAAAUAAAGAUGAAAAAUGUUUUUCUUUUGGAAAACUAAGAAAUACUCAUAAUUUCAACUUACCUUUUAAUUUUAAGUAUUAUGAUUUAGUUAAUAGUAAAACAUAUGAUAAGUUAAAAAAUUUUAUAAAUAAUAAAUACACAAUAUCAUUCAAUAAAAUUUACAGUGAAUUAAAAAAUAAUAAAUUAAUGCAAUCAGAAAUGUUAAAUUACACAUCUUUAGGGAAUGAAAAAAAUUCUAAUUAUGAGAAUAAAGAUAUAACUGCCAAGACGACACAUCGUGUUCAUGUUUGGUUUUUAAUGUUUGAUGACUGUUAUGAUAGCCUUAUUAAUAAUUUGAAAUUAAGUAUAAAAACUAAAAUAGCUUACUGGGAAUAUUUAUCAUAUGCAUCAAAACUCCAUGAUAUUUCAAGUCUAGCAUAUGCAAAAUUAGAUGAUGACACAAAAUUUUACAGUUCAAAUAUUUUUGAUAAAAAAACAUUUCUUGAAAGUCCUAAAAGACUUUUAUUUUUAGAAAAAAAUUUCACUAAAGUUGAGGUAGGAGAUAUGUCUUUCUUUAUUAAGUAUCAUAAUUUUGAUAAUAUGAAAAGUUUUAUUAAUAUGUAUAAUAAUUUAUAUAAAAAUGGGUUUUAUGAAAAAAUUAUUGAUCAUAUAUAUGAAAAUGAUGGAUUUACUGUUGAAUAUGAAGUUAAUAUAUUUCAAACAAAUAAAUCUCAUUUUUCUUAUGAAUUACAGUAUUCUCCCAUUCUUACUUUUAUUUUAACUGUUUUAUAUAUAUUUUUAAUUUUUCAAUAUGGUAGUAAAAUUAUUCAAAAUGUUGUAUCUAAAAAGCAUAAGCAUGGAAUGAUUCUAUGUGUAACUUUUGUAAUAUUAAUACAACUAUUGUCAAAUUCUCUUUUAUUUAUUCAUUUAUUAGUUUAUUCAAAAAAUGGUAUUGGUAUACAUAUUUUUAAGAUUUUUUUUAAUUUAUUGAAUUUUUUAGCUCAAAUUGUUAUGUGUACCAUGUUACUUUCAUUAAGUUACGGUUUAACAAUUUUUGAAUCAAGUUUUAAUAUUUUCAUAAGAAUUAAAGUGAUAUUUUCUCUUAUCACAUUUUUUCAUAUUGUUUUAGUUAUAUUAGAUAACACAUAUAUUAUGGAAUCAUCUUCAAAAUAUUUUGAUAACGAUAAUAUAACUGGUUAUAUAAUAGUAUUUUUAAGAAUAAUCUUGACUAUUAUAUAUCAUGUUAACAUAAAUAAUUUAUUUUUAAUGUCAAAGAUAUCACCAAUUCGUAGGUUUCUUAAAAAGAUGUACAUUUUUGGCAUAUUUUACAUACUCUCAUUUCCUAUAAUUUUUAUGAUAUGCUAUAUAUUCGAUACAUACUGGAGACAGAGAUUCAUGCUAUUUGGAACAUCCUUCUUACAGUUUGUUUCUACCUAUUUUAUUACGAAAAUGUUCUUAACAAAUUCAGAAUAUUUUAAAGUUUCUGACUUGUCAGCAAGUGAUCUUCCUGGAGCAACAUCCAGUUGGUUUAAUCAAAAAUUUCAUGCAUAUUAA